CUCUCUCUCUCUCUCCAAUCUCUUACGCGUCUGGUACUUUCCACCACAUUUCCGAUCUCUGAAAACUAAUUUCUGUCCCGGAUAUUUUGCAGUUGAUACAUUGGAAUGAGUCUUCCACAAGAUCAGCAUAGACCUUUCUUCCCCUUUGGAAAUCCAUUUCGCAUGGUGUUACCUAAGGGCCCGCAUCUCUCUCCGUGGCUUCAUGAACUGUUGAACACAUUUGAGGAAACCUUGGCAGAGAGGCUUAGGAAGCUUAAGCCAAAAGACAGGGAAGAUGUACUUAGCCUAUCAUGGAUGAGGUUUGCAAUGGAGUCUCUCUGUGACACGCACACUGAUAUAAAAGUCCUCAUUACUGCCCUUGAACUCCCUGUGUCGAAUUGGGAUGAGAAAUGGAUUGAUGUAUAUCUGGACAAUAGCGUGAAGUUGCUUGAUAUCUGCAUUGCUUUCAGCUCUGAGCUGUCACGCCUGAAUCAAGGCCAUCUCAUACUUCAGUGUGUCUUGCAUAACUUGGAUUGCCACACUCCAAAGCAGUUUGUGCGUGCUCGUGCUUCACUUGAUGGUUGGAGGCAGCACAUUAAUUCAAAGAACCCAAGACUUGAGAACUUUUCUUCCAUCAUAGACAAUCUUACUGAAACACUUAACCAUCCCAAGGUGAAAACCUCAGCCAAAGGCAAGGUUUUGAUGCGUGCAAUGUAUGGAGUUAAGGUGGUAACUCUGUUUGUUUGUAGCAUCUUUUUGGCUGCGUUCUCAGGUUCGGCAAAGAAGUUGAUGGAUUUUCAGGUUCUUGAAGUAUGCUUGUGGGCAGAAGCUUUUACCGAGCUGCAGGCUUUUGUUAACAGCGGAAUAAGAAAUGUAUUUUCAACUGGAAGUGUUGCAGUAUUGAGGGAGCUUGAAUACGUUGAUAUAAUUGUCAACAAAUUGUACCCCAUGAUACAGAAUGGGGUGGGACCUGUUGAAGCUGAAGCAUUCCAGAAUUCAAUCUCAGAUUUGGGGAAGAGGAGUGAGAAGCUUUCACAAGGAUUAGAUGUUCUUGCAAAGGAAGUGGAUGGCUUCUUCCGUAUUGUUUUAACUGGACGUGAUGCUUUGCUUUGCAACCUAAGAGUGGGUAGUAAUGUUUCUGACCCAAUUGCAGAGACUAAUAAUGUAAAAGACCAAGUUGUGAGAUGAACUUUGAAGCUAAAUUCUCUCCUGUAUACUCAUGGGUGUAAGUAUGGGGUUUUCUGUUAUUUAGUUGAUGAAAAAUAUUCUGCUUUGUAUACAGUAUUGUACUUUGUAUGGUGUAACUUAUGGGUUGUGAUAUUGUCAUAUUGUACUGGUUAUCUUCUGUUUGCAUUGUUAUGUAAUGUAAAUGGUAAGGUUUGUACAGUUUGCACAAAAAUGUGUUCAUUCUUUUGACCCCACACUAUUGUUCUUGCUUUAUUUGUAUGUUUUCUCUUAUUUAUGUGCUGCAAGUUUUAAGUCUG